AUGUUUCAAAAUGCAGCUAGACCUAAAGCUUUGUUCAUCAUGUUGUUGCAUCUGCUACGUAAGUUGCUGACAACUGACAGACUCAACAAAUGGGAUAUUAAGGUGGAGCCUAAAUGUAGCCUCUGCCAAAGUUGUGAUGAAACAAGGGAGCAUUUGUUUGUCCAGUGCACUUACACUAGAGUUGUGUGGAAUAGGGUGUUACAAUGGGUACAAUUACAAAAUUAUUAUCCAGCUACUUGGGAUCAGCAUCAGCAAUGGUUGAUCAAACAUUCAGGAGGUAAGUCCCUGAGAGCCCAGAUCUUCAAAAUGUUAAGUACAAAGGUUGUUCAUGCUAUCUGGAUUGAGAGAAACAGGAGGAUAUUUGAAAAGCUGAGCAAGAAUUGGGAAGCAGUGACAAAGGAGAUAGUUUAUGUAACUUGUGUUAGAGCUCCACCUAGGUUUCAUCAUUUUUUGCAUUCUCUUGUUUUCUAG